GUUGUCGAUCUCCCUGGCCGGUCGCUGGGAAUGUCCGCGUGAGCUGCCUGUUAGCUACAUCCGCCGCUUUCGCCCACCACGAACCGCCUCCGUCGCCAGCACAAUGCCUCCGAAAAAGCCGCAGGCCACCAAGCCCGCCAAGAAGGCUGUCUUGCGGCCCGUCUCGGCCUCGCCCAAGAAGCGCAAGGCUGACGCCGUCGCUGAUGCACCCGUCCCUGAAGUCGUGCUGCCCGAGGAUGCUUUUGAGGAUGCGAUCGACGAGGUCCAGGAGGCAGAGAUUCUGCACGGUCUCGAUGACAGCUCUGACGAGGACGAGCCCACCACCAUUGAGGCGGCUUCGCUGGCUUCCAAAAACAAGUCCAAGAAGGCCGCUGCAAAGCCGAAGGAGGCCAAGGGCCGGGCGUCCAAGCCAGUCGCGGCCAAGGCGGACGACGGCGAUGAUGAUGAUGAUGACGAUAACGACGGCGGCGACGGCGACGUGUUUGAGGCCAACGAGUCCGAGAUCAAGCUGGACAAAGUAACUGAGCAGUCGAUCAAGGAAAAGAUCAAGAAAGUCAAGGUCGCACCAUCGUCCUCAAGCAGCGCUGGUGUCGUCUACGUUGGUCGCAUUCCGCACGGCUUCUAUGAGCAGCAGAUGCGCAUGUACUUUUCGCAGUUCGGCGAGGUCUCUCGCCUGCGGCUGUCUCGCAACAAAAAGACCGGCGCAUCCAAGCACUUUGCCUUUGUCGAGUUCAAGCAUGAAGAGGUCGCCAAGAUCGUUGCCGAGACCAUGGACAACUACCUGAUCUUUGGACAUAUGCUGAAAUGCAAAUUCAUCCCAAAGGACCAGGUUCAUCCAAAGACGUUUGUCGGCGCAAACAAGAAGUAUGUGGCCGUCGAUGUGCACAAGCGAGAGCGCGAAGUGUUCAAUAAGACACGAACUCCAGAGCAACAGAUGGCACGCACGACCCGUCUGCUCCGGAGUGAAGCAGCCAAGCGGCAAAAGCUCGAGAGCCUCGGUAUCGACUACGACUUUGGCGGCUAUCGGGCGGCUGCCCAAGAUUCGGGCAACAAGGAGCCGCGGACACCUGCCCAGAACGAGGCCAAGCCAACCGAGGAAGCCAAGCCAAAGGGCAAAUCCAAAGGCAACAGCUCAUCUGCAUCUGUGGCUGCACCUGUUUCCGAACCAUCCAAGUCCCAACCCGAGUCCGAGCCCAAGAAGACCGCCAAAGCGGCAAAGGUAGAAGUGCCCAAGGCCGCCACCAGCAAGGUCGAGGAAGUGGCCCCCAAGAAGCCUGCCAAAAAGGCAAAGGAGGACGGGCACAAGGACACUCCCGCUGCAAAGCCAAAGCCAGUCCCGGCCAAGAGCUCACCAGCGAUUGCGCCUUCGGUCUCGCCCAAAGCCGCCCCGACCAAAAAGCCCCAGAAGCCCCAGAAGCCCCAGAAGGGCCGCAAGUAGUACACUCGCGCCAGCCACCAUUCUCGCCAGAGUUGCUGCUGCUGCCUCCACGCCUUGCCCACCCACCCAGCAUCUCUCUUCUUCCCAGACUCACCCUGUCCAUCCUCGCGAACGACAUCCAUAAUACACCCAUCCAAUCUCGCUGCCUGCACUCGCCCAACUGCGUUUUUGAUCAGCGCGAGCCGGGGCCGAUCGAGGCAGCACGAGAAGUGAGA